GUUCUUCUGGAAAAAGGAUAUCUGCAAAUUAUCAAGGCAUUUCCUGCGCAAAAGUUCAGGGUGUGCUUGUGCGAUGUUCAAAUUCAGAACUUACUGUUAAAGCUGCAAGAUCAAGAGGAUAUAUGGAUCAGUUCUGUUUAACGAAACGAAGAGAUAUGAUUGGGUUGCUUCUUGGAGUUUCAAGCCUUGUGAUAGACUCAUUUGAAGCAGAGGGAGCUGGCUUACCCCCAGAAGAAAAGCCCAGGCUAUGUGAUGGUUCUUGUGAGAAAGAGCUUGAAAAUAUACCUACGGUAACUACAGAGUCCGGUUUGCAGUACAAGGAUAUAAAAGUUGGUCAAGGCCCCAGCCCACCAGUUGGAUUUCAGGUGGCGGCGAAUUAUGUUGCCAUGGUUCCAUCUGGACAAAUAUUUGACAGGUAUCACAUUGUUAUACCUUGAUAGCAGC